AUGGAGACGCCCUCCGAGGCCACCACGCCCUUCAUGGACCUGCAUGGUGCCCACGAGAGCAUUGUAUGUCGCGUUCUCGACGCCCUCGACCUGCGGACCAGAACCGCGGUGCUGUGCACGUGCUCGCGCCUGAAGCGGUUGUGCGAGCGGCCCGAGCUGUGGCGCCGCAUCGCCUUUGACAGCGCCGACGAGCAGCGCGGCCUCAAAGCAGAGUGGCUGCUGGGCGUGCUGGGCCGCGCGGGCGGCGGCGUGGAGGUGCUGCAUCUGGCCAGAUCUCGUGAGGCGCGCGACGCGGAGGGCCAGCAGCGCUUUUGCGACGGGCUCAAGCUCGGGCAGCUGCUGCCGCACACGCAGGGCCCCGGCGCGCUGCGGCUGGCAGCGCUGUGCCCCCGGCUGGUGCACCUGUCCGUCGACGAGCGCGCCUCCUGCCUCGGGGGCAUGACCGACGACCUCGCGCGCGCGCUGGGGGCGCGCUGCCCCGCGCUGGAGACGCUGGAGGUCUACUUUGAGCGCUACUCCCUGCCCUCCGAGCUGCUCACUGAUGACGGCCUCAUCGCGCUUUCCGAGGGCUGCCGGCGCCUGGCGUCGCUGACGCUGGUCAACUGCGACCAUGUGAGCGACCGGGCGCUGUACGCGGUGGCGGCAAACUGCCGCGGCCUGCGGGAGCUGCAGCUGGGCGGAUACAGCGAGAACAUCUCGGACUGCGGCCUGACAGUCCUGAUUGCGUCCUGCCCCGCGCUGCGCGUGCUAUGGCUCAGCGGGAAGCUGCUCAAGGUGACGGACACAACCCUGGCCGCCCUCGCGCGCCACCGCGGCCCCGGCCUCGCGCGCGCCAAGCUCACGCGCAGCAUGGGCGUCGGCGCGGCGCUGCGGCUGCUGGCCGGGUGCGGCGCGCUGGUCGAGCUCGACGCGCGCCACUGCAGGGGCGAGGUGGACGAGGCCGCGCUGGCCGCGCUCGCGCUCGCCUGCCCCAAGCUCUCUCGCGUCGUGCUGCCGCUGAGGGGCGACGGCGAUCCCGCCAACAGCGGCGGCGCCCCCGCGGCGUCUGCGGCCGGGCAGGCCGCACGGCACGAGGAUGAGGAGGAUGACGAGGGCCCGCGACGGCCGGGCGGCGCGCGCGCGCCGCCGGCGUGCAGCGCGAGCAGCGCGGCGCGGACGCUGCUGGAGGGCGACGUCCGGCGCCUGCAGGGGCUGCAGGGCCUCCCCAGCCUCGGGGUCAGCCACUGA